UACGGCUUUUUUCCGUAAUGUAUAAACCAACUAAAAAAAUGAAAUGAGCAGAAAAGAGUCUCUCUCUCGUCUCUCCCACCCUCGUCCCUCUGGCCCCCUAGGCCCUCUCUGCUGUCGCCAUGGAUUCGCAAGAGAACCUGCAACCCGUUAACUGGCCGGAGCGAAAUCAAAAUCCUAUUUCAAAGACCUAUCUUGUGGUCCCAAUCCUCAUACUCUUCGUAGCAAUCUCCUUCACUUUUACCAAAACCGACUACUACAAUAUCCAACUCCUGAGACAUAAAUUCUCAUCACACUCCAGUCCUUUCCAAACUUUUCUGGAGUUUCUGGUUCGAACUAAAAAGCCCAGAAAUACCCAAAUUCCAAAACCUAUUUCUAAGCCUCUCUACUGUGUCCUAUGGAUGGCGCCUUUCCUUUCAGGUGGUGGGUACAGUUCAGAAGGUUGGUCAUAUAUUUUGGCCCUUCAUGAAAAUGUGAAAAGCCCACUUUUUAGAAUGGCCAUUGAGCAUCAUGGUGAUCUAGAAUCCUUGGAUUUUUGGGAAGGUUUGCCAGUUACUACCAAGAACUUGGCAAUUGAGCUUCACAAGACUGAAUGUACUAUGAGUAAAACUGUUGUGAUUUGUCACAGUGAGCCUGGUGCCUGGGACCCUCCACUGUUUGAAACUAUGCCAUGCCCACCAGGUGCUUACCAAAAUUUCAAGGCUGUGAUCGGUAGGACCAUGUUUGAGACUGAUAGGGUGAACGCUGAACACGUCAAGAGAUGUAAUAAAAUGGAUUAUGUUUGGGUGCCUACCGAAUUUCAUGUAUCAACAUUCAUAGAAAGCGGGGUUGACCCAUCUAAAGUUGUGAAGAUUGUUCAGCCUAUUGAUGUAAAGUUCUUUGAUCCACUUGCGUAUAAGCCUUUAAAUCUAGAUUCUACAGGACGUUUGGUUUUAGGAACAAGAACCCCUAAUUUGAAUUCGAAGUUUGUGUUUUUGAGUAUCUUUAAGUGGGAGUAUAGAAAAGGAUGGGACGUGUUGUUGAAGUCGUAUUUGGAGGAAUUCUCUGGUGUUGAUGGUGUUAGUUUGUAUCUUUUAACAAAUCCAUAUCACUCUGAUGGAGAUUUUGGGAAUAAGAUAGUGGACUUUGUUGAGGACUCUAAUAUAGAAAAACCAGCUACUGGUUGGGCUCCAGUAUAUGUUAUUGAUAGCCACAUAGCUCAAACUGAUUUGCCUCGGCUCUACAAGGCAGCUGAUGCCUUUGUUCUUCCAUCAAGAGGAGAAGGGUGGGGAAGACCCAUUGUGGAAGCCAUGGCAAUGUCCUUGCCAGUAAUUGCUACCAAUUGGUCAGGGCCAACUGAGUUUUUGACAGAGGAAAAUAGCUAUCCAUUGGCAUUUGAUAGAAUGAAUGAAGUAACAGAGGGGCCUUUUAAAGGGCAUCUUUGGGCAGAACCUUCCGUUAGUAAGCUUUGUGGUUUAAUGAGGCAUGUGAUGAACAACAUGGAUGAAGCUAAAGCAAGAGGCAGAAAAGCAAGGGAAGACAUGAUUAGAAGGUUCUCCCCAGAGAUUGUUGCCAAUAUCCUUGCUGAUCAUAUACAAAAUAUACUUGAGAAGUCCAGUGAUUAGUCUCAUUUUUUUUAUUAUGUUUUCAUUUGUGAGGCACUGAAGCUCUACACAAGUAAUUGUACUUUCAAUCCAUCUGUGAGUUUACCAAAGCUUUCUAUGAAAUGCCGCCUUUUUCAGCAGUAUUGACUUAAGUAGUUGAAGGCUUAUUCUUCUUCAGCAUAAGCUUUCUUCUGAGUUCUGAGAAGCUGGCUGUGCUCGUGUCGUGCCUUGUUGUGAUUAUGUACUUCUGAUCUUAGAGGUAAAACUAUAUGGAUUUAUAUUAGUCACCUAAUGUAAUGUAAUGAAACCGGUGAGCAAAGAAAUCCUCUGUCACAGAUUUGCUUCUUGCCACUUCUCCAGUUGGUCAACACCAUAAAGAAAGUUCCUUCUUGAAUUCUUCCAUGUGCUUUUAUGAGACAAUUGUAAAAUUAUAAAAGAAAACUUUUGAGAAUUUCGUUCUGCUAUCACAUAAAGUUUCUCACAUUUUU